UACCACUUAUCAAAGAAUUAUGAGUUCAAGUUACUGCGUACGACCUACCAGCUCGGUUCUUCGUCUGCAUGACGAUGGUACAAGCUGUCCACCUCGUUGCAACCGUCUAAUUACCGGAAUUUCCCAAUGCGAUUUAGUUGUUGAAAAUUCAAGUCUACGCUCUAACGCAACGAUGGUCGUUAAAAAUGAACGAGCGUUUGGUCGCGCUAGUUUUGAUGAAAGACACUGUGAAGUCAGUCAAGCGCGUUCCGUAACUGUGUUGAGGGGAAAAGGAUACAUAGUCAAUGUCCCAAUGUCCAAACGCAAAAACUUUCGCAUUCAAGCGCUUGAUACAGCACCCUUCUGGAAAAAACUGGACCAAUGUUCUCCCAAAUCAUCCGGGGACACAGACGUCCAGCCAAUGUUUCUGGUAGAAGGAACAGAUGAGGAGGAGCUGAAAGGAAUAGAACUACAGUUGACUAUUUUCAAAAAGAAUAAUUUCAACUUGAAGUAUUUUAUUCUUCAGCAAGACAUACCUUCUCUGGUUUGGCGUGAUAUUACACACAUGUCUAAAAUUGGAAAAGGCUUUUGUCCUGAAAUCAGGAUCCCAGUUCAAAAUUCCGCCCGCAUUUGGGUAGUCCCUUUUAACCGUCGCCAAUGCAAUCUCCAAAUGAUUCUGGACCAACUGAAUGCAAGACUGUCAUUCCACGUUCUGUCGUAUCUUUAUCUACAGCAAGCGAAAAUUAAAGUUAGACUCGUUGGAAUGAGAGAGGAUUUGUAUCGCAGCCGUGAUGCUUGUUUACCACCAGCUGGUAAGAUCGCUGGAGACCAAACGGUUUGGAAACGUGGUCCAGAAAGCGGCCCGGUAAAGACGCUGUCUAGGAAUCUCAAAGUUGAGUUUUACAGAGAUGGCACUUGUUUUAAAAGCAGCAUGUUUGAUAUUGAAAAGGCAAAUGAAGACCAAUUCACAGAUGAGUGUCUUUUUGAUGUAAAAGAUCUGUGCGCAACCAUGAAAGCAAAGGUUGUUGAUGACAAUGGAAAUUGUGUUUGGUCUCUUGGUUUAAAUGAAAUACCGUUGUUGGCUCGCCUCAAAAUUUGUGCAAUGCCGGAUGAUUUACCAUGGCCAGCAGCUGAAGAUCGCAAGCCGUUGAUCAUCGAACCGACGUAUGAUGAAAGCAAGGAAAAAGUGGAAGAGAAGUUGGAGUUACGAUCUUUCAAAAGGUCAGGAGAAAACCUGGAGGGUUCACAACGCAAAAGGUCCACCAGACUUUGAAGAUUAGAACGUUGCCGUUUCAAUAUUCAUGUGUACAUAGUAUAUAAUAUUAGCCUCACAAAACUGUGAUUAUAAAAUACGUUUACAUCAACAAUGAUCCGAAUUCAAUUCAAUAUUCAACCAUUGGUUGCAUGUAUGUAUAUAUGUCUAUUCUUGUAUUGAUAGUUGAACAUAACUGAGACGAAACGUUACCAAUA